GAUGGUUAGAGGUGCCAGGGUCACCGCCAGUGGCCGCCUCUGCUUCCUACCCACCGUCACACUGCAGCUCGCCAGCGAACUCAGUGGCAUUUGCUGUUUUGAAACCACGUUUUAACUCGAAACAUCGUAUUUACUGCAGUCAGAGCACCAGUGAAAACUCAAAUCCCACAACCUCCCCCGCCUCCACACUUUCCAGAGCUCCUCCUACAGCCGGAAAGAGACGCAUCUCCCUCUCUCCCGCCUCUCAGUCACUCCUGGAGAGGGAGAGGACAGGGAUCCGCUCUGCAUCUGUAGCCGUACCGACGGCGGAGUCAGCAGCAACAUGGCCACUUCCCACUGCAACACCGAUCCCGGGCUGGAGAUCAAAACCAGGUCGGUGGAGCAGACCCUCAUCCCCCUGGUGACUCAGAUCACAACACUUAUAAACCAUAAAGAGAAACCAAAGAAAUCUGAGAAAACACUACGAGCAAUUCAACGGGUAGGGCAAGCAGUAAGCCUGGCUGUUGGAAGGUUUGUCACUGUUGGUGAAGCCAUAGCUAAUGAAAAUGAAGAAUUAAAAGAAGAAAUGUAUUUUGCUUGCCAGGAGGCACGAAGAGCAGGAGAGAGCAUUGCACAGCUGACUGAUGUGGGCGCCUUUGACCAGCCAGAAUCAGAUACAAGGGCAACAGUUUAUACAGAUAAAACUGGAAUGAUUAAAGCUGCACGGCUUCUACUGUCUUCUGUUACAAAAGUACUAGUGUUGGCAGACAGGGUAGUCAUAAAGCAAAUCAUCAACUCCAGAAGCAAGGUUCUUGCAACUUUGGAGCACUUAGAAAAAGUCAGCAGCUUUCAGGAGUUUGUACAAAUCUUCAGUCAAUUUGGAAACGAGAUGGUAGAAUUUGCCCAUUUGACAGGAGACAGACAAAAUGAUCUGAAAGAUGAAAAGAAGAAGGCAAGGAUGGCGGCUGCCAGGGCAAUACUAGAGAAAUGCACUAUGAUGCUUCUCACAGCAUCAAAGACUUGUCUUCGGCAUCCGGACUGUGAAUCAGCAAGAAUAAACAAGGGAGGCGUUUUCCAUCGCAUGAGAUUGGCUUUAGAUCAGGUGAUAGAGAUUGUCACAGAUUCGAGACAAAAUGCUGAAAAUGAGAUCCAUCCCACCAGCAUCUAUGCUGACAUCAAAGAAUUUAAAAUGAAGAUUGAAGGUUUACGAGACAACUUGCAUGGAAUUUCUAAAGAAAGUCUCACGGCAAUGCUUGAGUUAAUCCUGGAACACACAGAAGACUUCACAGACUCUGCAUAUACGAGCCACGAACACCGUGAAAGUAUCUUAGAAUUGUCCAGGCAGUCCAGAUUAGAACUGGAGCAGCUGAUUACCGUGUGGAAGCAAGCACAAAGUCUGAAAGCCAAAGAAGCCACAGAAGAUAUGGAGCUGGCUAUAAUUAAGACUCGGCAGUGUGUGAGUGAGCUGAGGAGAGAACUUCAAAACACAGCUGUGGAGUCAGCAGGGGAACUUCUGAAGUGCUACACAGAGCAUGUGGUCCUCAAGGCAUUGAAGGUAUCAGGGGCAGAAGCAAAUUUGGAAGCACUAGCUGAGUGCACUUGUAAACUCUCUGAACAGAAGGAACAACUUGCUGAGACAUCUCGAUUACUGCGGCAUGUGUCAGGAACAGAACCCUUGGAGAUUACUUGUUUACAUGCAGAAGAAACAUUUCAGGUUAUUGGUCCACAGAUAAUUUCUGCUGCACAGACCUUGGCUCUUCACCCUUCUAGUAAGAUUGCCAAAGAAAACCUGGAUGUAUUUUGUGAGGCAUGGGAGUCACAACUGAACGACAUGUCCAUUCUGCUGAAAGAAAUUAAUGAUGUCUUUGAAGGACGAAGAGGUGAGAAGCGUGCAUACCUUUCUCUGCCAAGACCAGGGAAACAUACUGCAAAUCUGAAGACUGUUAAAGCAGUAAAAUUAGAUGCUGAGGAACAGGCUAAGAUAGCAAAAUUGGGGUUGGAGCUGCGUUUGCACACAUCAGAUGUGGAUGCAGAAACUGAAAGGUGGGAAGACCAAGAUAAUGAAAUUCUUCGUCAAGCACAGACUAUGUCCAGCAUGGCAUAUUCUAUGUAUCUUUUUACAAGAGGAGAAGGCCUUUUGAAAACAACACAGGAUUUAUUUCACCAGGCAGAAAUCUUUGCUGAAGAAGGUCUGAGACUGUACACAUCUCUUCAUUCUUUUUCAAAUCAGUUGGAAGAUGAUGAAAAAGCAAUUCUGAUGAUGGAGACAGAGAAGUUUCCUUCUUUAUGUCAACAGCUGCAGAUGUCCAGCAAAACCCCUGUUUAUGGCAAAGCUGCCAUUUUCGCUAAGGUUGACACUGCUAUUCAGGAAACUAAGAAUAUAAUGACCGUGUUGAUGAAGGUUCUUUCUCUUUGUUACAAAUUGUUAAAAAAGUGUAAAGUGGAUCAAACAUUCAUGGGUUCUCCCCACAACUGGAGAGGAAACCAGUUGCAGAUGGUUUCAAAUGGUGAGAGCUUAGAUGGUCAGAAUACAGACACGUUUGGUGUGAAAUCUCUGGAAAGGCACAUGGCAAAUUUAACGUUCUUAGAAAGCAAAUGACGGGUCAAGUCCUAGAGAGGCUGUAACACUAAUAAAAAGCAAAUGUCACAUGUACUGUAAACUUUAUGCAGUUUUAGCUGCAAAUCUAUCAGCUCAU